UUCGAUGACAUCAAAAUCAAGGCAAGAACCUUCUGAUGAUAAUAUGUAAAUAUAACAAAAGGUUUUCAUUUCUUCAAAAUGUACGAUGGUGCUGGAAAAACAAAUUACAGAGGAAUAAAUUGCAGGAGUCUAUAUAAAAAGUUGCUUUUAUUUUAUUAUUUUAAUUCAGUGGUAAAGGUAAAGCUUUCUGCGCUGAAAACGUCAAGCUAAGAAACAUUACCAACACAAUUUCUCGUGCUGGUUACACGAGCAAAACGCCUACCACCACUCAACCUUAAAUACAAUUAUUUCCUUACGUUCAGCCUUCAUUUACUUCACUCGUUUCAAAAUUUCUUCUUAUCACCUCUUUCAAGGAUAAUAUUUCAAUUCAUUACUCUCUGAUAAAAUCGCUUUGAAUUUCAAUUGUUUUUUGGUAACCGAGGAACAAAGAACGGCAAAGUAAUAUUAAUUAAAUAAACUCCUUUCGGAAUCACAUAUUAAACACACAUACAUAGACGCUUUUUAGCUUUUCCUGGAAUCCUGAAAAAUCAUUUUCACAGGAAAGCAUGUUGGCAUCAUAAUAUUGCCGUUACAGCCCCAUUCAAUUCGCAUUCAAACGUACAUUCACUUCUCCUAAAGAAAUCCUCUUAGCGUCCUUUUUCUCUCGUUGGUUUUCGAAAUCUAAAUGAAAAUAAUAAUCGAAUAUAAGUAUGCCAAGUGAAAUAACAUAAAAGUAAAAUUACACGCAUGGAAGGAUCUGAUUUCAAACAUGAAAUCCUCCGACAUGGUCAAAAGCUGAAAGGCAUUAAGAAAACAGGGAAUGUGCAGGAGUGGAAGUGGAAACAAUAAACAUCACCUGUUGGUUCUUUGGUAACCAAGCGAUUCCGCAUGUAUGUAACGGAAGGCGACUUUUGUUCAGAGUGAGCAUACGUUCACGCAUGGUUGGAGUUCAUCUUUUUCAAUACAAUCAACCCCAUUGUGGCUGACAGAAGGAGCUAAUGUUGUAAGGAAAUCCUGGGUGCUGUGAAGGGGGAAAGUACACUUAACGAGAUGAUAAUGAGUGCAGGAUUCAAUUAUUCUGAACUAGCAUCUGGAUUUGUAUUCUACUUUUGAGCUUUAAAUUCCGUUUCUACUGGAUGAAUCCAGCGUACCUAAGGUAACCCAUGGUAUCACCGUACAUACUAUAUAAUAGGUGAUAUCUCUUCACCGCUCAACUUAGGGACUCCAUAGUAAUCAGUAGUGGAUUAUCUUCAGACUGAAAACUCACUGAAAAUAUGCUGCCGAAAUUCAGGAAACCAAACUGAAUCCUUAAACAUCCCCGAACUGAAUACAAAUCCUGGGCUAAAAGCAAGCACUUGCCAUCAUUUUUAGUCCCAGUGUACCGCACAGCAAGAAGUUGGGGAAUGUAUCGAAGAGCAACGAGGCUUAACCUCAAUAAACAAAGUAAUAAAAGGGUGAAAAUAAGGGCAUGGAUGGUAUUUCUUGUGUUGAAAAUUAGCAAAGUUUUCAUUCAACAUCGAUUGAACAAAACCAUUGCAAGGGAAUUCUGCAAGCAAGUCAUCCAAGGACUAUGAAAUCGAACGAUACUGCAGUCAUCCUCCAAUGUCUAUAUCAAAGUUAAGAGGGAAGUCAGCGAUAGCAGUACAAAAUGACAACAACACGAGCAACCAUAACGCCAGCAAACUGAUGAAACCGUAUGUUCCUCCUACUACCACCUCUCUACUGAAGAUCGAACCGUUCGUUCCUACUUUUUCGACACGUUUUCGUAAGCCCAUUUACAGAUCUUAUAGUACGCUAAGCUCAUCAUAUUUUAAGCGUAUCAACGACCAAAAACAUCAUCAUCGCAUCAGUCGAUUCCCGGAGCGGGGCCAUCUUCAGCAUCAACGAUCCAAAUCAACCUUAUCAGCCUCGACAAAAACCUCUCAGAAUGGAGUCUAUCGUAUUAUUCGCGCCACCGAGGAUCAAGAGAAGCUACCAGAUCGUAUAAACUAUGAUAGGAGGGGACUGACAGCUAUUCCUAUAUUUGAAAAUGAGAGCAAUCUUAGGCUGCUUUCACUUCAGCAUAACCUCAUCAAUGUUUUCCACAUACCAGAUGAGUCAGCUUCUCAAAAAACAGGUUCCGACUGUGACACAUCAGGAACCGAAAACGGAAAAGUUGCUUCGACGCCAACGGAAAAUACAGGAUCAGUGAAGCCACCAAAAGACGGAUCUAACCCUAAGUUAGUUAUUUCGGGAUACGCACAAAUACCAGAAGGAGUCGAAUGCUUGAAUUUAACUACAUCUGGGGCCAAUACUGUUGCAGUUCCACCAAGCUCUAUCAUUCCUUCCUCUCCAAACAUGCUGUCCCCAAACACAGCAUUGGCUAAACAUUCGUUCGUUAAAAAAUCUACGCUUCUACAUGCUCAUCAAAAAUACAAUACUCUUAAGAAGUCGAAAAGCUUCAUGAACAAUUAUCCUCCUCACUUCAACACCGCUCUAAAGUAUAACAUACAACAAGGCUCUCCUCUAAUGAGAUAUGGACCGACUGCGAGUAUAGUAAACGUGACAUCGUUCGGAGGUGAGGCAAACCAUCAUACCGCCCUUGAACAGGACACUGAAAAAUGUAGUGAAGCUAAUAGCAUUCAGGACCUCAAAGUAAAGAAUAACCAACUGAGCCCGUCUUACGGAAUUACCUUCCAAAACCUUGUAUUUCUUGACCUCUACGACAAUCAAAUCGAGAAAAUUUCAAAUUUAGAUGGUUUGAAGAAUCUCACUGUUCUCCUUCUCGGGAAAAAUCGGAUAACUGAAAUAACAGGACUUGCUUCAGUAAAAAACACCCUUCGCGUAUUGGAUCUUCAUGGCAACAAAAUUGCAAACAUUGUAAACAGGAUCAACUGCCUGCAACACUUGAAGUCACUCAACUUGGCUGGGAACCAGAUUCGUCAAAUAAAUCCAAAUGAUUUCGCAGGAAUGACAAACCUGAAGGAAUUGAACCUUAAACGAAAUCGAAUUAAGCGAGUGUACGGAUUCAACAAUUUAGUUAAUUUAGAAAGGCUUUGGUUAUGCCAUAACGACAUACAUCGAGUCGAUGACAUGUACUCAAUAGGAGACGCUACCAACUUGCAAGAAGUUACCAUUGAGAAUAAUCCAGUGUCAUUAGCGGGGGAUUGCGUAUCAUUUCUAGUCAGUUACCUUCCAAACUUGGUAAUGCUCAGCCAAAUGCCCAUCUCUGACCAAGUGCGUUCAGCUGCAAUGGCAUGGAGAAGAAAUAAAGAGUUAUCAAAUGGGAACCAAUUCAACCCUAACACAGACCUAACUGGCAUCAUCAGAAGAGAAGAAGUUAUUUCGAACGCCCGCACCAACUGGGAACUUCUACGAUCUCAACAAGUUACAACCCCCAGUAAAAAUAUUUCAUCAAAACUGACAUCCAGCUCUAGUUCAUCUCAACUUUGCCCCGCGGAUCCUGAAAAAAACCACAUUCCAGAAAGCAACCGUUCUUCCAAACCUCGGCAACUAAGCGCCAGGAGUACCAAAUCCACAUUAAACGCGGAUAAGAAAAAGCAUCGAAAAUGCCGUGAAAAAUGUGAUGGAAAUUCCGAGUUUUCAGAUUUCUUUCGCCUGCCCCCAAUUGGACAAUAUCAACCACCGACGGAGUGCAAAACCCCGUCAGAAAACACUCAUUCAUCUGGAUCAAGUCUAGGGCCCAACAUUGAUUCAUCGUCAAGCUGCUACACAUCCGAUGACAAUGAAGAUCCACCACGUCCAGCAAGUUCACAACGAAAUCCUGAAACAAUAGCAAUACGCGUCCCACAAGUCAACGAACAGCCUCCCUUAGAAUGUGAGGAUGUAUCAUACGACCUAGUCCUCAGAAAAGAUUACAAAGAAGUCCAAGUCGUUGAGGACUGUUCGGUGCCGGUGGAAACUAAUCUUGAAGAAAUCGCCACACCGAUAAGGAAAGAAGAUAUAACAUCAGGAGAGCCAUCUCAAAGUAAAGAUGAAGAUUCUGGCAUAGAUUCAAAGAUAAACAGCCAAUCUGAUAAAAAUUCAACUAUUUCGACGAACUCUGUUAAAUCCGAUUCCGAGUUUGCACCUUCUAAUGGGAACCAAAGUGAAAAAUCGGGGAAAACCCGUAAUGGUAACGCAACAAAUCGGCGGUAUAUGCAUGGAACGUUGAUGCGAUCCCAAACAGCCCGAGGCAGAGCUCCUAUGUAUAGUUUACCCUCAAACCAUUACAAUGCAUCGAAUGCCAACAACAAUCAAGGAUCUUCUGCUGGAGCUAACAAUGCCAAACAAGCUAAGCCUGUUGUGGAAAGAGAGCGUGAACAAGGAGGAGACUAUCUUAUUGAAAUCUGCGGAAGAUAUUUGAACGUCUACGGCCUUGGUGCACUCAGAUUUAUCGACAAACAAUGGAACGCCCAGAAAGCCAAUGAUGUCCACACGCUCAAUUUCAGCUACGUCAAUUUCAACAAUAUAGCGGGCAUUCUUGGACGCAUCAAAAUGCGAUUCCCUAACGCAGAAAGUUUUGUGUUUCGCGAGACCAACAUUAAUGCCUUGGGGCAACUCAAUGCUCUGGCGGAACUACAAGGAAUAACAACUCUCACAAUCGAUACGGAAGGAAAUCCUAUUUGUGAAAAAAACUGGCGACCUUACGCUAUAUAUCGCUUAUCCCACUGGGGGUUGAAGACCAUCAAUGGCAUAGAAAUAACUGACAGUGAAAUCGAGCAGGCCCAAACCGAAUACAUCGGCCUUUCAGACCUAGUGCUUUGGUCACUGCCUGAGUCACUUCUUCAGCCCCUAUUGGCACGUUUGAGACUUGAUGAAACCCUGUCGGCCAGCAAACUGUCAGCCAAAGAGUGGCUUAUGCGCGCUGAUCAGUCACUCAAAAUUGUCGUAGGUAAAGAGGCACUUCAGUGGAAAAAGUCGAUGGCACCGUCUUCAAACACCCUUGCAGCAACUACCAGUCAUCAGAAUCCAGACCAGGAGUAUAGUCUGCGAGAUCGUGGCACCAUGCAAUUGACUAUGAUGAUCGAAAAUACGUGCAAUGCCGUGGAGAAGCUACAAAUGCUUGAAACACUCUGGCCCAGUUUAUUAUUAGAUAUAGUUAGAAACACGUUGUUAGACUAUUCGCAAUUAGAUGUUUACGUUAAAAAUCUGAUGGCCGAAAUAAUGAAAUGAGUUAGGAGAACGCAGAGGUAGUAAAAUGGAGUUAAAUGAACUAGCCGAAUUGUGUUCAAUGUUGUGCUACAUACAUGUUGACCAU